GAGAAGAAGAAGCAGCAGCAUUUGACAUUAGACUGGUUUCCGGGUCAGGACGGUACGAGCUUCUGCCGGUAGUUUACCGGACCAGCCGCGGUUCCUCAGCCCCCCCGGCCCCGCAGCCUUCCCGCCAUGUCGGGCCCCGGCGGCCCCCGCGGCCCCGCCGUCCUGGAGCAGGUGGCGGCUCUGCUGAGCCGGCAGCACGGGAAGCCCGUCCUGAAGCCCAGCAGGAGGCUGGUGCUGAGGGACGCAGUGGACAACCGCAAACCCAAGAAAGGAGAGGCCACCUGCAUCACGGAGAUGUCCGUCCUGAUGGCGUGCUGGAAGCAGAACAACUUCGUGGACGGUCUGUGCUCCACUGAGAUCAGCGGCUUCUACACGUGUGUGAAGGAGGCGCAGGCGGCUACGAAGGCCAGGUCUGCGCAGAGCAGCGUCCAGGGGGGACGACUGUCGUCACAACAGGCCACCAAGCUGCUGAAGAGAUUCCCCAACCUGAGUAGUGAGAUCUAGGACACAAACCUGUGAUUCCUCUGUUGUACAUGUGCUGUUUUUGAUUAAAAUUCAACUACCAAAACCUC